GUUGGGAACGUCGCGUGUAUCGGACUAUCUCGUUCUUCUACACUGCGCAGAUCUAUUAUUCUGUCUUCGGCCAAAGCUCUGGCUAUGCUGGUUCUGCACUGCGCAAUCGACAAACCAGCGCGAAUGAGAGUGAGCGAGGAACAUCAGUGUUGGUUUAGACUUCAUUCGGUGUCUGUUCGUUAAGUUGUCAGCACUUCGCUCGGCGGCUGGCCGCGCGCCGUCCGACUUAGUAGUCGUGCGUUAACACCGUAAUCAACUGUUAUCGCGAUCGCGUAUCCUACCGCAAAUACCAUAAAUUCCAUCUGUACAUACGAAAUAAAUAUGAGACACGCCGAGUCUCGAUAAUAUCGUUUAAAAAAAGUACUGUUAUUAUUUAUAAAUUUGCAAAAUGUUACUCUGAUAUCAACUUUUUGGAGGUGUUUAAGAUUAAUCUCGUCGUCGUGACGAUCUCGGCGUUUUCGCCGAGAGACUUUUAACUAGUUAGUAAACUGACAAAAUUGAGCAGAAUAUGCAAAGAUGUGGAUUCUGCUCAGUGUUGUCUGGGCUGCUGAGGCGGGCGAUGUGUGUCGGUAGCAGAAGAGGGAGCAGUGAAUCUUACUAUAGAGAGUUGGGCGACCAAGACACGCUGAAGAUUGAGGACAAGUCUUCAGACUUGUCAGAUGAUGCCGAAGAAGAAACUAGUCUUUGCCAUGGCAACCACGACAGCCCAAGGGCAAGCCCGCGGUCUUCACCGCGGGUCACCCCACACACAUCACCGCGGGUCACCCCGCACACAUCACCGGGGACAUCUCCAAGAUCUUCCCGACGGACGUCCCCGCGGACGUCUUCAAGAACUUCGCGGCGGGAUUCCCCGCGAACAUCACCGAGACCUUCCCGGCGGGCGUCCCCGAAGACCUCCCCUCGGUCGUCUCGGCGAACGUCACCGCGGACAUCUCCGCGGCCGUUCUGGAGGACGUCCCCGCGAAUGUAUUCGCGUGCUUUUAGGUGGACUUCUCCGAGGAUAUCUCCUCAAUCAUCCCCACGAACGUCUCCGCGGAUGUCCCGAAGGACGUCCCGGUUCUCACAAUCGGACUUACACUCAGACUCGCUUGAAGAAAAGGUCCAAGGCUCAAACAACACACCCCAGAAGAAUCUCUCUGCGGGCCGUUUCUUAACUAUGCAUAAAAGGCGAAAAAAGAGAUUAAUUACGAGAUCUUUGUAUAUUGAGAAAGCCCUCUUGGAUGACCUUUCGCUCGGCCAGGUUCAGUGCAUACUCAACAACUCCUAUAAAUGGAAGUUCAAUGCGUUCACGCUGGAAAACGUGUCCGGAGGUCGGUGUCUACCGGUGCUGUGCGUGCAUUUGUUCCAGAUGUACGGACUCCUCACUCAUUUCAAUCUAGAUGCGGCUAAGGCCUGGAAAUUGUUUAGCUUGAUUGAGGAGGGGUACCACAGCACAAACCCCUACCACAACUCGAUACACGCGGCUGAUGUCACACAGGCUAUGCACUGCUUCCUGCAACAAAAACGGAUUCGUGAUCAUCUGACUCCAUUGGAAAUUAUGGGGUCAUUGCUGGCGGCUAUCGCCCAUGAUUUGGAUCACCCGGGAGUGAACCAACCGUUCCUCAUUGCGACCUCCAACCAUCUCGCCGCUUUAUACCAGAACACUUCGGUGUUAGAGAACCACCACUGGCGCUCGGCGAUGAGCUGCCUCAUUGAGAGCGGCCUCUUGGACCAGCUGCCAUCCAGCCAUGGACUCCGCGCCACGCUGGAGAAGCAGAUCAGCUCCCUGAUCCUAGCCACCGACAUAACCCGACAACAAGAGUACCUGAACCACUUCAAGAACCACUUAGACAUGAACACCCUGGAUAUGCGAAAGCAGGAGCAUCGCCACUUAGUUCUCCAGAUUGCUCUGAAAUGCGCUGACAUUUCUAAUCCUUGUCGCCCAUGGGAGAUCAGCAGGAAAUGGAGCCUCAAAGUUUGCGAAGAAUUCUUCCGCCAAGGCGAUUACGAAAGAAAAUUGAACCUGCCGGUGACGGCCCUAUGUGAUAGACACACAACGUCUAUCCCGAAAAUUCAGACAGGAUUUUUUAAAUUUGUAGUAACGCCACUGAUCAGCGAGUGGCAUAGGUUUCUGCAGAACGACCUGUCGUCGCAAAUGCUGAACAACCUGCUUUUCAACCAACAAAAGUGGGAGACACUGGUUUUGGAAGAGCAGGCCCAGGAGACUCGCACUGAAAUAUCUGACGCAGAUGCAGCGGACGAUGACCUAGACACAGGUUCAGAUACCAACAUGUCGGACAGCUCGGAGUUACUGCUGCCGCCGCGCAGGUGCUCCCUUAAUCCCGUGAGGCACAAUGCGUUCAAGGAGCAAUUGCGGCGGUUCUCGGUGCCGCUGAAUGUGUUCCAGGACAGUAAAUUUAAAAAUCGCGAAAGGGAAAAGAGCCGCGCUUCAUCGCUGGCUGAACCUCGUCCUCGCUGCAGCCGCAGCCCCGCGCCCAGUGAGCCGUCCUUACACUCGCAGCUCAGCGUGCGCGGACAUUGCGAACAUCAGCAGGAACCAUCAGAGAGGGUCCUGAGCUCGGAGAAACUUCUACCCGAUUCAUCGAUAGCCUCUAUAACCACGCCUGUGCAAGCCACACGCCUAAACACAGUGCUUAAAGAAGGUGGCUCCUGGAAGUUGGUUCGCCAGCAAACGUUCCCACCCCUAGAGUCAACAUCUCGAGAACAUUCUCUGGCGUCGCGACCUAUUCAUACGAGUAAUGAGGAUAGUAUAUUCUUGACGCGGGUAAGACCAGAUUUUCUUCAAUUUGAUCAAGGACCAUCCCAGAGAGACGCAAAAGCGCACCAAUUAGUUGUGAGAGAUAUUAAAAAGACUGAUACUGAAGAGAGUUCCGAAUCCAGUGCAGAAGCAUCAGAACCACCGCGAUUACAAAAAGAAAAUUCGGAACCUCAAAAGCCAAGCAAGAAAGAAUCCACCACGGUAGGAAGUCAACUACGUGAUAAUUUGGCAUCGAUGCCACUGCCGCCCCUUGAGUCAGACCCGCUGCUGCAGCGGCGGAGGAAAUCUAUGCCUGCAGACGUUUUUCCAUUUACCCCGAAGGAAAGGAAAGUACGUGAGGUUCCACCAGUGUUUCCUCAAUUUGUUCAUCGUACCUUCUCAGAGAAGGAAUCUUGGACGAGACGCCGAGGGUCUGCGCCGUUACCGGUGGCGCCCUCGGAGCUGCGGGGGCUGGCGUCGCUCGGCUCGCCGCGGCACAGCGUGAAUGGGGGUCGCAGGAAACCGAGCCCCAUAGUGAGUUGUCAGCAGUGGCUCGCAAAAGCCACGCUCAGUAUACAGGAACGCCGGCUACAAAAAUUUCCCCGCCGGAGCUCACUUCCCGUUGAGGUGUGUCGUCAUACUAAUGCUGAGGACACAUAAUAUUCGCUUGAGCCCAGAGGGGCUCAUUCACAAGAUUCCUUGGAGGACGAUUAUUCGGAUCUAUCGUUUAAUAAUUACGAUGCCGACGAUGAAGAACUGGACGAUGACAGCUCGUUCGACAAUGACUAUACUAGCCAAUUUCAUGAAAAUUUGAUUUUCGACAAUUCGGACGAUCAAAACGAUGACUUUGACGAUGAUGUUGAUGACGAUGACGAUGAUACGAACAUACUAAUCAACCUGCCAUUCGUAUCACGUCACCGUGCAUCUUCUAUUUAGACGAUCUCUGCAGCUUUACCCACCAUCCGUGUGGUUUGUGUUGUAAAUACAUAGUUCUAGCAAAGGACGUGUGGCCGUAGGGGAUUGAAUCCAUCGGUCUGUGAUUUAAAGUGAAGUGUGAUAACUGAUAAGGAAUGUGUCGGUCGCACCCCUCGCGUAGUGAGUGUACCAAACUGGAACUUCUUCACCCACAGAUGGCGCUAACGUCUACUGAACAUAUGUGUAAGCAUUGUCUGUACGCUUAGUAGUUAUAAAAUCUUGGACAUUAAAAAUAUCACGAAUUAAAUGUAAUUGUACACAGUAUGGAUUAAGUGAAGAUAUCUUAAAAAUACAGAUUUAAAUGUUCUAAUAGUAUUGAUAGGAAAUUGACAAAUUCCCCUUCCAUUGCGCCUUUAAAAUAACAUUAUAAAUAUACGGCUAAACAAUACGCGCAAUGGAAAGUGAACAUCACAAGUAGAUGUCUCGUAGCUCAAAUAUGGUAUUUGUGUACCAAAUAUUCUCUCACCCAUUACAUUAUAUUAGAAAAUUUGAAGAAUUUAGGUAUAACUUGACUAAUCAUCUAUAUAUAACGAGUAUUGUGUAUAAAGAUGUGUAAAUAGAGAACGAUUUCAUCACGAAAUACAUUCAGUUCGUAAUGCGACCGAAUGCAGGAAAACCCAAUCAUAAACAUAAUAAUAUUAUCACUGUCCCAUACUAUGUAUUAUCUAAAUACGAACAUUAUUUUGCAAAACCGCAGUACAAAUAAUUUCUAUGUAA